CACGUGAACGUCACGUGCAAACACCGACCUGCUCUUUCCUCUUUCAGCGCCAAUCCACUUUCCCCAAUUACACAAACUCAACUCUCACUCACGCCAAAACACCCCCUCACCCCCAAACCAUCUCCACCCUACAUCUCCUCCCCAAAGCAUCAACUCACUCAAGCAAACAUGGGCAAAACCGACGAAACCGGCCAACUCAAGCCAAUCAAGUGCACCAUCGCAGCGUGCGAAAUGCGCUUCGACACCCUCAAAGAAAUGAAGAAGCACAAGCGCUACGACCCCGACCACUUCUACUGCAAAAAGUGCGACGUCGAUUGCGCCGACUGGGAAGCGCUCACGCAACACAAAGUCGAUGCGAUGAAGCCAUGGCUGCAAGGCCGUAUGCCUGACCCGGAAGUCGAAUCGCCCAAGCACAUUGUGUGUGAGUUCUGCGGUGAGGACUUUAAGAGUUUUGGGGGGCGGAAGCUGCAUCGUAAACAGUAUCACGCCGCCAAGCAAAACAUCGUCUGCCCCGGAUGCAACAGCAUCUUCGUCCAAGCGGGUUUGAUGAUUGCCCAUCUGGAGCGCGGCGAAUGCGAGACCAUUACAAGACAGCAGUUCAUCGGCAACGUGCAGCAGAAACAGAUCGUCCAGGAAAUCAUGAAAGACCCCAACCGAUUUCAAGAAGCCCUGCGCGAGAACGCGGAGUCGAAGCAAGACCUGCUCUCUCCUAUGUCAGACGUGGGCGAUGUUGAAGAAGGUGGCGUAGAUCUCUUGGGAUACGACGACGAGCAUCAACAACGUAGCGUGGAGCCGAUGCGUGCGGAUUGCGAUCUCAUCGAUUCGACCAAGCGUCUGGAGAUCAGCAACACCUGGCCGUUCUUACCUGGUCAGGGGACGAAAGGUAAAUGCACGUCACCGCAAUACCCAUCCCCACCAGACUCCGACAAAGACAACGCAGCCGCGUCCGAAAGCGUUGGCCCCAGCCAAGCAACAAGUCGUGGUGGAGGAGCAAAAGUCUACACAGAAUCCUACCCCUCCUUGACCUCCCCAACUCCAUCAACAGCAGUGACAGCGCGUCCAAGAGUAUGGGCAACAGGCGCCACAGCCAACACCCUCUUCCCCGAAGCCAAAUCAAACCCACCCCCCGCUGGAGACUGGGACGCAAUCCUCACCCAACGCCGCGAGCACGCCACAGCAAGCACCAGCACCAACGCCUUCCACUCGCGCUUCUGGGACCCGCAAUCAAAGGACUACGACGCCUCCAUCUUCUACAACGCCGAUCUCGCCCAAUACACCUGCCCCUUCGCCGCCUGCGUCACCGUCGCCUACGACGAGCUCUCGGACCUCGAGGGCCACAUGCGCUUCGCACACCUGAAGGACCAUUAUACGUGUCCGCAGUGCUUGAAGCGGUUCCAAACUGCCAGUGCGCUGAUCAGUCAUAGUGAGGCGGUGGCGGGGAGGUGUAGGGUGCGGGAGAGCGCGAAGUAUCAGAAGUUGUUGGAUGAGGUUAGUGGGGGGUUCUUGAAGGCGGAGCAUUUGCGCGCGCCGAUGGUGGCGAGUGGGAGGGCUUUGGGGAGUGAUGGGGGAAUCAUGACGACGCGGUUUGAGGCGCAGAUGCCGGGGGAGGCGUGAGUCAAGGCGGAGGUUGCUGUUCGAUGAGUGGUUGAUUAUGGAAGCAGGGAAGAUGGGAAAGGGGAGGGCGAGUUAUGCUCGCAGUUUAGCCGACUAC